UCAAAUGCACCCAAUUUCAAUUCAUUUUCCCUACCAUUUUACUUAGUUCUAACAAUGGCUUCAAACAUGUACAACAAACCCAAGAAAUCCAAUGUUUCAUCAACCUCAAAUUACAAACUCUGUAUUACUCUUUUCUUCACCGUCAUUUUCACAAUCCCAGCACUUUUCCUCCUCCAAAACAACCCAUCUUCCCUUUGUUUCCCACCUUUCUCCACCACCACCGUCAAAAACCCAUGGGCGGGGGACUUACGCGCCGCCACCUUUGCCUGGAACCACCUCGCCUUCACGGCGGAGCAUCGGCCAAAACCACUCAAAGUCGCCGUCUUCUCAAGAAAAUGGCCCACCGGGUCAGCCCCUGGAGGAAUGGAGCGUCACGCAUACACGCUUCACAGCGCGUUAGCCGAACGCGGUCAUAAAAUCCACGUCUUCACCUCCCCUUACGAUCAACCAAUCACAAGCCCCGCCACGUCAUCACUAGUCUAUCCAAUCAUACACUGCCACGAGGGCGAACCGGGAAAAUGGCGGUACAACAAAGCAUGGGAGCAAUUCACUGAAGAAAAUGACCAGGAACCGUUUGACGUGGUCCACACUGAGAGCGUGGCACUCCCUCAUUGGCUAGCGCGUCAGUUAACCAACCUUGUGGUGACGUGGCACGGCAUAGCUUUAGAGAGCUUACAGUCGAGCAUCUACCAAGAUUUAGCCAGGCAACCGGGUGAGCCAAUGUCACCCGGUUUUAACCAGAGUAUUCAAGGAACGGUCCCAAAAGUACUAAACGAAAUAAGAUUUUUCCGUAAUUAUCAACAUCACGUUGCAAUUAGUGAUAGUUGUGGUGAGAUGUUAAGAGAUGUGUACCAAAUACCAUUAAAGAGAGUACAUGUUAUUAUUAAUGGUGUUAAUGAAGGUGAUUUUAGGGAAGAAGUUAGAUUAGGAGAAGAGUUUAGAUCUAAGAUUGGUAUGCCUAAAAAUGCUAGUUUGGUUAUUGGUGUGGCAGGGAGAUUGGUUAAGGAUAAAGGGCAUCCCUUAGUUCAUAGGGCAUUUUCUAAGUUUGUUAAGGGUCACCCAAAUGUGUACUUGAUUGUGGCCGGGUCGGGCCCAUGGGAGAAUCGAUACAGAGAAUUGGGCCCCCAAGUUUUGGUCUUAGGGUCCAUGAAACCGUCUGAGUUAGGAGCCUUUUAUAACGCGGUUGAUGUUUUUCUGAACCCGACUUUGAGACCACAAGGGCUCGAUCUUACACUUAUGGAGGCUAUGAUGAGUGGGACCCCCGUUAUGGCUUCGAGGUUUCCGAGCAUUAAAGGGACCAUUGUGGUGGAAGAGGAGUUCGGGUUUUUGUUUGCUCCGAAUGUGGACUCGUUGGUCGAGACGUUGGAAGAAGUGGCUAAAGAAGGUUCUAGAAGGUUGGCUCAAAGAGGGAAGGCUUGUAAGGAAUAUGCACAUUCUAAGUUUACUGCACAAAAAAUGGCCUUAGCUUAUGAAAGGUUGUUUCUUUGUGUAAAAAAUGAAACAUUUUGCAUUUAUCCUUGAAAGUAAAAAGAUCAAGAGUUGUCUUUUUUUCCUUCUUUCUUUUUGAACACAAGUUUUCUCAAGAGUAGGGUACUAUACAUAAUUCAUAUGAGUACUUAUUUGGUUUA